GAAGGGGCGGAGCCGUCCUCUCAGAUAUAAGGCUCCGGAGCCCGCAGCUGCGGCUCCCAAGGCCCCCUGAAAGGCCAUGGUCGCCCUGCAGAUGCCCCAGCUCCUCUCCUCGACGGUGAUCCUGGCGCUCUUUUUCCUUCCCCAGGUACAGCCGGCCGGCGUCUUCGAGCUGCAGAUCCACUCUUUCGGGCCGGGACCAGGUCCGGGCGCCCCGCGGUCCCCCUGCAAGGCCGGGGGCUCCUGCCAUCUCUUCUUCAGGGUCUGCCUGAAGCCAGGGCUCUCCGAGGAGACCGCCGAGGCUCCGUGCACCCUGGGCGCGGCGCUGAGUGCGCGCGGACCGGUCUACACUGCGCAACCUGGAGCUCCAGCGCCCGAACUGCGGCUGCCUGACGGCCUCCUGCGCGUGCCCUUCCGGGACGCCUGGCCGGGCACCUUCUCUCUCAUCAUCGAAACCUGGAGAGAGGAGUUAGGUGGACAGAUUGGAGGUCCCGCCUGGAGCCUGCUGGCGCGCGUGGCGGGCCGGCGUCGCCUGGCGGCCGGCGGCCCAUGGACCCGGGACGUGCAGCGCGCAGGCGCCUGGGAGCUGCGCUUCUCCUACCGUGCGCGCUGCGAGCCGCCGGCCGUCGGAGCUGCGUGCGCGCGCCUCUGCCGCUCGCGUGGCGCCCCCUUGCAAUGUGACCCGGAACUGCGCCCCUGCGCGCCAGUUGAGGACGAGUGCGAGGAACCGCCGGUGUGUCGAGCAGGCUGCAGCCCAGAGCACGGCUUCUGUGAGCAGCCGGAUGAGUGUCGAUGCCUGGAGGGCUGGACUGGGCCCCUCUGCACGAUCCCUGUCUCCAGCAGCAGCUGCAUCAGCUCCAGGGGCCCAUCAUCUGCCACCUCUGGAUGCCUCGUACCUGGGCCUGGGCCCUGUGAUGGGAACCCGUGCGCCAAUGGGGGCAGCUGUAGCGAGACCCUGGGGUCCUUCGAAUGCACCUGUCCCCGAGGGUUCUAUGGGUUGCGGUGUGAGGUGAGCGGGGUGACAUGUGCGGACGGACCUUGUUUCAACGGUGGCUUGUGUGUGGGAGGCGCAGACCCUGACUCGGCCUAUAUCUGCCACUGCCCGCCCGGGUUCCAAGGCUCCAACUGUGAGAAGAGGGUGGACCGGUGCAGCCUGCAGCCAUGUCGGAAUGGCGGACUCUGCUUGGAUCUGGGCCACGCCCUCCGCUGCCGCUGCCGCGCCGGCUUCGCGGGGCCGCGCUGCGAGCACGACCUGGAAGACUGCACCGGCCACACCUGCGCCAACGGCGGCACCUGCCUGGAGGGCGGCGGCGCGCGCCGCUGCUCCUGCGCGCUGGGCUUCGGCGGCCGCGACUGUCGGGAGCGCGCCGACCCGUGUGCCGCGCGCCCCUGCGCCCACGGCGGCCGCUGCUACGCGCACUUCUCCGGCCUCGUCUGCGCCUGCGCGCCGGGCUACAUGGGCGCGCGGUGCGAGUUCCCGGUUCACCCCGACGGCGCGGGCGCAUUGCCCGCGGCCCAGCCCGGCCUGAGACAGGGGGACCCACAGCGCUUCCUUUUGCCGCCGGCUUUAGGACUGCUGGUGGCCGCGGGCUUGGCCGGCGCUGCGCUCUUGCUGGUCCACGUGCGACGCCGUGGCCCAAGCCGGGAUACUGGGCCUCGCUUGUUGGCGGGGACCCCGGAGCCGUCGGUCCACGCGCUCCCUGAUGCACUCAACAACGUGAGGACGCAGGAAGGUCCCGGGGACGGCCCGAGCCCGUCCUCAGACUGGAAUCACCCUGAAGAUGGAGACGCUCGUUCGAUUUACGUCAUAUCUGCUCCUUCCAUCUAUGCUCGGGAGGCUUGACCUGGCCCCUCUCCAUCAGCACGUGGAGACAGAACCUGAAUAUUUUUGUGUUCUCUGCUUCAGACACUUUGGAGUUCAAGCUGGAAGGGGUGACAGAGAGAAUUUUGCCAUUGGAAGUUGUACAUAGUGGUUAUUUAUAUCCUGUCUCUCUUUCUCUCCCAUGCCUCCAGAGAUAUCUAUAAAAGCUCUUAGUUUGAUCAGCGUUGACUCAUCAAGUUGAGUGCUUUGUAUGUGGUGUUGGGGCUGAGGGAAGAGAUUUGUGUCUCCUGAGAAGAAGAAUAGACAGGACUCUUGCAGAGGGUCGGAAAUAACUCAAAGUUGUUUAAAUAAACAAGAGAACGUAUUAGUUCAUAAAACUGAAAGCCCCGUGGCAGGUGUCGCUUCAGCAGGACUGAGUUCAGAGGCUCAAUGUUUUUCUCCAGUUGUCUCUGGGAGGACUUCAUAUGUAGGAUGGAUGGGCUUUCACUGCCCCUGGCUUGUCACAUGGCCUUACUUGAACUAGUGGCCAGGCAAGUGUGACAUAUUUUUAUUGGCCAGGUUUGGCCAUUUGUCUGGUGUGUGGCGGGGAUUAAGGUUAGCCUGUUCAAAUCACAUGCAAUAUGUGGGCAAAAGAGUGUCCCUUUCUCUACCAAAAGUCCUGGUUUGUUAUUAAUACUAGAUUAAGAUUAGCCUGUUCAAAUCACAUGGAAUAUGUGGGCAAAAGAGUGUCCCUUUCUCUACCAAAAGUCCUGGUUUGUUAUUAAUACUAGAUGUAAGUACUGUACCUGGCAGGCAAACAAACAGAACCAGUUGGUGAGAACAGAAAACCUAUUCUACAGAGGAGUGGGAGGCUCAGAGAGUAGGGUAAUUGUUGCAGCUCCUUUCUAAUGAGAUGGAGCAAAUCUAAGAUCUAGUAGAGAGGGGGAUACCUUCCUAAAUUUGAGGACUAUCCUAAAACUGCUUUAUACAUCUAAUACUACUUCGACCACUGAAGCUAUAAAAAGUAUGCCUCAGGACCUCUCUGGCUGUCCAGUGGUUAAGAGUCCACACUUCUCUGUGUGGUGUGGUGCAGCCAAAUAAAUAAAUAAAUAAAAAUUUUAAAAAGCCCACAUCAGCCAAUUUCUGCCAUUCCCCCUUCCCUGUAUUUUCUAAUGGCGGGGACAGUGCCCAAACACCUUUGGAAAUGAGCAGAAUCAUAGGGGUGAAAGAAAAGAGAACAGUGACAAAAGUAACAACAAAUGAAGGAGUCCUUCUAUGAAGGACAUCAGCC